CAUAUCAAACGAAUGUCUACGCUCGAAGUUCAAGUAUUAUAACUAGACUUGACUAGACUUCUCCAACAGACAUGAACAAUUCGGCAAAUGGCAAAAUGGACACGUCAAGCAUAAUGAAGCCCAGCGAGGUCUAUCGCAAGACAGCCAAGAGAUCCGUCAUGGUUGCACCCGAGGCACCGGCUUCAUCGUUUGUGCCGAAGAAACGGGAAAUGCACUACUAUGCAGUGGAGAUCAACAAUGAUAUUGAUUACCGCUCGCAAUUCAAGGUAACGGAGGUCGUUAAUGGCGAAGAAGUCGACUAUACGCCGCAUUCCUUGUCCGAAUCGCCGUAUGCAGACCAAUUUAUGAAAUUUAACUUGCAUUUGAUGCACGACAUUUCCAUGCUGCCGCUGUAUCAUUCCCGGGGCAGCAUGCUGCGCUCGAAGACCAGGUCGAGCAUGCGCGGCGGAGUGGGUGGCAAUAAGCAGUCAAUCGACGAGCUGAUAAAUGGCAUUAUCUUUGAGACGAUUGUGUUUGAUCAGUCUGCCGUUCCGAGGGACGAGGAGUCGCUCAUGCACAUGCCGGUGCCCUUCACGAAGUCCUUUGUCAAGAUAACGAUACGCAAAUCCGAGUUCAUCGAGUUGCAUGCACAGAUUAAUUCGACUGUGGCCAAGGGCUCUGAUCAGGGCAACGCAGUUGAAACGGACAAUCGGCUUUACGACUAUCUAACCGUUGGCAAGGGUAAGGUGCGUCGGCGCUCCGAUAACGAUGCCCAAACGGAGAUAGUCCUGACCAACUCUCGGGCUGUCAAUACGAUCUUCGUGAGCCAAGCCACCGUUGGCUCGUAUGUCUCCAACUUUGAGAUGUACGACACACUCCAGGGCGUGGUAAACAAGCAAACCCAGAUAACGCCGCACAUGCAAAGCCAGAUUGCCAUAGUAACUGGGGACAUGCGGAACACGACCGCUAUAGAGGAGGAGUCCAAUGAGCGAUCCAAGAUGCGCUCGGUGACUCAACAGCUCUUUAAGAGCCCGGCAUUCAAGAAGGCCAUACUCUUCAUUGGACGCACUCUCUCCAGCAAUUACUACAACUCGGGCAUGCAGCGGUUUCGCAACUUCAAGAAACUGGAUCGCAGCUCCACGGAUGUCCAAUACAAGUACUCCCUGAAGUGUCUCUUCCGUCUGAUACCCAGCAACCCGAACGACGACCGCAAAGCGGUUAGCGACAUCAGCUUCUGCUACACCAACAGCGACAUUGUGGCCAUCAGCUAUGGCCUGUUCUCCUUCUCCUCUCAGCAUGUGCCCUCCACCGGCGACGUGUUCGUGUGGAGCAUUAAGAAUCCGGGUGAGCCGGAGCGUGCCUACUACUACAAUAAUCCCGUCACGGCUAUUUGCUUCUCGCCCUACCUGCCGUCGCUCAUCGCCAUUGGUAUGUACAAUGGCAGCGUCGAGGUGAGAGAUGUGGCGGACGACAGCAAUAUGCCCAUUGCUGUAUCCCAGCGCAGCACCUCGCCGGGGUGCGCUCCUGUGGUCGGCAUACGCUGGCUGAAGCAGGUCGGCAACGACGAUGUGGGCGAGAUAGAUCCGUUUCUCAGUCUGUCGCAGGACGGUUCGGUGACUCGCUUCCAUCUGGGCAAAAGCCCCUAUCUCUUAGGCUUCACGCAGAUGACCUUGGAGCGCAUCGAAGGCCAUCCGGAGGGCAUACACGUGCCCAUUUCCCCGAUCAUGACCGUCGCCGCCAACAGGCGUCCACAAGGGCUCUACAUCACCACGCACCCGGUGGACAACGACAUCUACUAUAUACUCACCGACGAGGGCUGCAUACACAAGUGCUCCAUCAACUAUCAGCAUCAAUAUCUGGAGGUGCUCAAGUGCCACGAUGGCGCCGUCAAUGUCAUGGAGUUCUCGCCCUGGUCGCCCCGACUGUUUCUCACCUGCGGCAACGAUUGGUAUGUGCGCAUCUGGGUGGAUGGCAUCACCCGACCUCUGAUCGAACUUCUCGAUGACUUCCAGCCCAUACACUGGACCAAGUGGAGUCCCAUAAACUCCACAAUCAUAGUGUCUCUCAAUAGGAUCACGUGCAGCAUUUGGGAUCUGCGUCGCAACAUACUGAAGCCCAUGGGCAAACACGAUUUGGACUCUUCCUACAACACAAUUGCUCAAUUCUCCAACAGCGGCACAGUUCUGAUCGUGGGCAAUGAGCGCGGCAACGUCCUGUUUGAGGCCCUCAACGAUAUGCCCUUUUCGCCCCACUUUCAAUACGACGAGUUGGAGAAAGCCAUUUACAGAGCCAUUGGCAACGAUCAGGAAUUGUUCAUUGAGCUCAAGAGCAUUGGCUUCUUCGGCUAUCCCAAUAAGAAGGCUGUGAGGACCUAAAUGUGUCAUAUUAAG